GAGGCAGCCGCCGGGCCGCAGGGAGCCACCGCCGGCGCAGUAUGUCCCAAUGGAGUCAAGUUCAACAACUGGAAAUAAAGUUUUUGGAGCAGGUAGACCAGUUCUAUGACGAUAACUUCCCCAUGGAAAUCCGCCACCUACUAGCACAAUGGAUAGAAAGCCAAGAUUGGGAGGCUGCAUCCAACAACGAAGCGAUGGCAACAAUCCUCUUACAGAAUUUGCUAAUACAAGUGGAUGAACAGCUGGACCGGGUUUCACAGGAGAAGAAUCUUCUUUUGAUACACAACCUGAAGAGAAUCAGGAAGCUGCUGCAGGGCAAAUAUCACGGUAAUCCCAUGCAUAUAGCGGUAAUCAUCUCAAACUGUUUACGAGAAGAAAGAAGAAUAUUGGCUGCAGCUAGCAUGCCUGUGCAGGGGCCACUGGAAAAGUCUCUGCAGAACUCUGUGGUUUCAGAACGACAACGAAAUGUAGAACACAAAGUGUCAGCCAUCAAGAACAGCGCUCAGAUGACUGACCAAGAUGUCAAAUACUUGGAAGACUUGCAAGAGGAAUUUGACUUCAGGUAUAAAACAAUACAAAGCUUAGAGCAGAGCGACAAAAACAGCGCCCUCAUUAAACAGGAAAUGUUGGCGUUGCAGGCGAUGCUCAACACUUUAGACUACAAGAGAAAGGAAGUGCUCAGUAAAAUAGGGCGUGUGAUUCAUGAAAUCGAUAUGCUUAUGAGCAACAUGCUGACUGAAGAGCUGCUGGACUGGAAGAGACGGCAGCAGAUUGCCUGCAUUGGGGGUCCUCUCCAUGGUGGGCUUGAUCAGCUCCAGAACUGCUUUACGCUGUUGGCAGAGAGUCUUUUUCAAGUUAGAAGGCAACUAGAAAAAUUGGAGGAGCUGUUGACCAGGCUAACUUACGAUGGGGAUCCUAUCCCAGUGCAAAGACCUCAGCUGCUGGAAAAAGUCAACUUUCUGCUCUACAAUCUUUUCCGGAAUUCCUUCGUGGUUGAAAGGCAGCCCUGCAUGCCAACACAUCCCCAGAGGCCAAUGGUUCUUAAAACGUUAAUACAGUUCACUGUUAAAUUAAGGUUGCUAAUUAAAUUACCGGAGCUGAACUACCAGAUCAGAGUGAAAGCAACUAUUGACAAGAAUGUUUCAACAGUAAGUAAUCGUAGAUUCGUUCUGUGUGGAACACAUGUGAAAGCAAUGAACAUGGAUGAAUCCGCAAACGGAAGCCUGUCAGUGGAAUUUCGUCAUUUGCAACCCAAAGAAAUGAAAUCAAGUGCUGGAAGCAAAGGAAAUGAGGGCCCUCACAUGGUGACCGAGGAACUCCACUCCAUCAGUUUUGAAACCCAGGUCUGCCUGUAUGGAUUGACUAUAAAUUUGGAAACCAGCUCUUUGCCUGUGGUGAUGAUCUCCAAUGUGAGCCAACUACCCAACGCGUGGGCUUCUAUUAUUUGGUACAAUCUGUCAACCAACGAUCCUCAGAAUUUGUCUUUCUUCAACAAUCCCCCUGCUGCCACUUUAAGUCAGCUCUUAGAAGUACUGAGCUGGCAAUUUUCAUCAUAUGUUGGUCGUGGACUCAAUUCUGAGCAGCUCAACAUGCUGGCAGAGAAACUUACGGGCCAACAAGUCAGUUAUAACGAUUAUCAACUAUCCUGGGCAAAGUUCUGCAAGGAACAUUUGCCUGGGAAGUCUUUUACCUUUUGGGUUUGGCUUGAAGCCAUUCUGGACUUAAUUAAAAAACACAUUCUUCCUCUUUGGAUUGACGGGUACAUAAUGGGAUUUGUAAGCAAAGAGAAGGAACGAAUUUUGCUCAAAGACAAGACACCGGGAACAUUUUUGCUAAGGUUUAGUGAAAGCAAUCUGGGUGGAAUUACCUUUACUUGGGUGGAUCAGUUAGAAAAUGGAGAUGUAACAUUUCAUUCAGUGGAACCCUAUAACAAAGGUCGCUUAUCUGCACUGCCUUUUGCCGAUAUACUGCGUGAUUACAAAGUUAUUAUGGCGGACAACGUUCCUGAAAACCCUCUGAAGUAUCUGUAUCCAGACAUUCCCAAAGAUAAGGCCUUUGGCAAACACUACAGCUGUCAGCCAAAUGAAGUCUCAAAGCCCUCAGACGGAGGAGGCAAAGGUUAUGUUCCUUCUGUGUUUAUCCCAGUCUCCAAAAUCUUAAAUGAUUCUACAGAGCCACACUCUCCAUCAGAUCUUCUUCCAAUGUCUCCAAGCGUUUAUGCUGUGCUGAGAGAACACCUGAGUCCCACAGUGAUUGAAACUGCCGUACGUUGCAAACUUUUCCAUUCACGUUAAUACACGGGCAAAUGGGAGACGCUGGUUAUAAAAAGGCUGCUUGUACAAUUAUGAAAAAAUUAGAGUUCUUUCAUCACUUACUGUAUUACAUUCUGAAAUGGUGGUGCAGACUUUUCAGAUUCUAAAUGGGACAGGACUCUGCAAGCAUAGUCGGAAGCACUGUGUUAUAUGAAAUGAUCUAACACGCUGGCCAAUGAACCAUGACUGUCACAAUUCAAAGAUCCCAGACCUGUUGCACAAACAAAGCCUUUACACUGACAGAUACAUCACGAUUACCCUAAUUCUGUAGAUAGCACAAAGGACUUGACUUGCUUGGGAAAGCUGCACAAGGAACAUAAAAAAGUUCUGAUUCAGCAAACUUGCACAACUUUUCAGUGCUGCAAGUUUCUACAUGGGGUACCAAAGUGAGAAAUUAAAAGUAAACCAAAACAUUUUUAGCAAGUAGAACUAAUAUUCACUAAGUAUAUAGAAAGAAUAGGAAAAUACUGUAGCAAUGUUCUACUAAAAAAUUUUCCUCUUUUGCUUACUGACUAGAAACUGUGUUCUGAACCAUUGUGAUUUAGAGUACUUUGAGCAUUCGUGUGUACUCACUGGGGAUUUGUCCAGCAGACUUCUAUCAGGAAACACAGCAGUGGUUUGGAUUUAACAGCUCAAAAAGAAAACCUCCUUUUUUAAUACUAGCUCUUAGUUUUCUGUAUGUUCAAUGAUUUAUGAUCUUAAAAUGGUUAUGUAUUUAAAAGCCUGUCAACUCCCCUUCAAAUGCCACUCUGUAAACACUCCCUCUCACCCCAAACCAGAAUAAAGCUAAACUAGAAUCCUGAUUGUUGAUGAUUGGAAGUACAGUCAAAUUAUAUAUACAAAUAGAGGAGUUAUUUAAUAUACACCAAGCUCAAGACCUGUUCAAAAGCAAAAUAUCUUUUUUUGCUUCUUCACCUUUUCCUCUGAUAGUAUGCAUGACAAAAUAGUUCUUCAGCCUAUUAUUUAAAUUUUAGCUGAAUAAAAGUUCUGCAUUAAAACCUGCCGCACCCGAUCUGAGACACGCCCCCACCCAUUUGUUCUUUGAUAUUUAUGUACGAAAAGAGUUCUGACCUAAAGUGCAUUUGUGAACUACACACACAUUGGCAUUUCCCAAAGUUUCAGCAGCAAAAAGAAUAGUUGGCUUCACUUUUGUUUAUCAUCAGGCUCCAAACAAUUUUGGAUUCAUUUGGCAUGCAGAGUAAUUCUCAAACCAGCUCUGUCCAGAGCUUCCAAACCAGCUGUGACCAUCACCAUCUUCUGGGGUCAUAACCGCACAAUGUGUUUGGUGAUUAACUGGGAGACUCAAAUACAAGCAUGUUGUGUGUUUUUAAGGAAGUGGUUCAGUGCUGCUAGAUGGUAGGUGCAUUUCUGGAGGCUCCUACUAGAAGUGUUUUCAAAUUCUGCUAGAGAUUGGGGGAGAAAAUAGUUUUGAAACAUUUUUAAAGAACUCCUUCCCUCCUCUUUCCAUUCUAUUUAUCUUGGUAAUGGAAAAUGAGAACAAUAUAGGGGGCUUUUCUUUAUCAUUGCAAAUUCACACAUCAAUCUACCCUGGUGAAUAGCUAGCUAAAUUCGGAAAGCAGACCAUCUGCUUUAAUAAAGCAACACUUUUUUCUCCAUGAGAUGCCAAUAAAAGAAGUACUGUGUGAGAUGCAGAGAACAAGAGUGAAAUGUGCAGCAGGACAAAAUAUACUGCAAUUAAGUAACUCAGUCUUAGGAAGAUAUACUUUCUGCAGUCUGGCUGAAUUCCCUCCUGCUUCCCCCCUCUCCAGAUUCCCCUAUCCACUGGGAAAACAAGACUCCUGUGAAAACCCUGCUUUACAUAUCCAUAGGCUGCAAGAACUACAAGAGAUCAUAUAAAAAUAUAUAUCAUUUUUAUUGCAACUGUUUACCACAUAGUGUUUUAUAAUGAGCAUUGUAAUGCCCAUUUAUAAUGAGAAUUAUAAAGUGGAUCCUCAGGUCCUUGCCAGUUUGUGUUACGCUGUCAAAAUGACACUACGGGUGCUUUGAGCCAGAGAAGGUUUCAGCUGCAGUUAUUUCUGAACGAGCAUCAGUAACUUCCAUGAGACUAAUCUUUUCCUUUUUUGUUUUUAUUUCUAGCUGAGUUCUCCUUACUCAACUGAGUGAAGUUCACAUACUGGAAAAAUUAGUAAUUGUGUGAACACUGGACGGGUUAAGGAUGCAGUGAAUGUUUAUCAUCUUUGUAAAUCAUGAUCUCCCGUAAAACAUUAUGAUGUUAUUUCUUGGGCCUCUUUCUGUUAUCGACACCGUGUAAACAAGGACUCUUCUCCCUAGGGAUUACAGUGGCCUCCUGCAAGUCAGAAUUGCUGUCCUCACUGAUAAAAGGCCAAAUACUUCCUGGCUUGGAAGUCAUUUGACUUCAGUGGGGCCCAGCAGGGAUAAAUCUUACUUGCAGAAUUAACAUCCAUAGAAUUGCUGUAAAUAUGACAGUAUAAAAUCAAAAUGUUUUGCUUCUGAAAACAGCCUAUACGGAUAAUUAACGAUAUUAAUGUGUUUCGGGAAAUUAGGAUUUAUUAUGUUAAAUAGUUUCUCUUUAAUCAUCAUCUUGUAUACCAUUGGUUUAGCUUCUAUUUUAAAGCCAAGAUUCUCAUCCCUCUUGAGUUCAAACGUGCCACAGACGUCCAGGGUUUGCUUGCUUUCCAAACAUGAGCUACUUUCAGCAUAGAUUUUUAUCUGCCACCACAGCAGAAGUUGUGGAAGCAAAGGCGGCAAGUCUGGGAAGACAAGAAAGGAAACUGACACAAAACCUGUGGUGUCAAAAAGGCUGCAUUCAUUUAGCCACUGGAAGAGAGGGUUAGUAAAACUUCCCCCUCUCACAAAAUAGUUGCAGGAGUAAAUCUAUUUGUGCAUGAAGCACUCAGAUGCUGCAGCAAGGACUAUCAGAAAGUCUGCAAAGAAAAAAUCCUGAUCUGGCAGAGUUUGGAUACUAUCUGGUAAACACAAACCGGGAAGCACCGUUUUAAAAAAAUAGUUACUGAAGACCUGCAGCAUUUGCUGACCACUGGGUAAUUUGUGCCACAUGACAGAAUAUUGCAUGCCUCUCAAAGACUCAUUUAGUAAGCAGAAUUACUGGGUUUUGUAUAAAUGGUAAAUUGCCUUUUAAAAAUAUUCUUUUUUUUUUUCUGACAGGCACUGUUUAGUGCUAGGUUUGGGUUGUUUGGGUUUGUUGUUGGGGUUUUUCCCCUAUAUUAUCCCUAAAACCUCUGUUAAGAGAACAAUAAACAGGCAAUUCCAAGGCCACUGUAUUUCAUGUAUGCAGGCUCGUUCAAGAUUUCAUUCUUGUCUGCAGAACACACGGUUAAAGCACGCAAAGUUCUUGAAAUAGAUACAAACACUUGAGCAUUUGCGCCUUAUAUUCUUCUUGAUUGGAUACAUGGGAUGAAAACAUAUCCUCCUUGAAUCAGUAAGACCUGGAUUUUACUUUCAUUUCUCCUUUUUUACUCAUGCCUCUCAUUCCUACUAAUGACAUUAGUUGAAAGCAAGUGAAUGGGAACAAAUAGGGAGAUAUUUCUGUCAUACGUGGGAGUAGAUUUAAACAAAUGAACGCAUCUCUCUCCAUUAAUCUGAGUGAUUUAAAGCAAGUUGCAGAUAAGAUGUCGUUUUCUCUUGGAAAGCAUCAUGUAUAAAUAAUUUUCCAAAACAACAAGAGCAAUUGUGUAUAUAGUUUGGUAACAUCUGUAAUUUAUAUGACCCCCAUGAAUAAAAACAGAUUUUGGCUUAAA